AGUGUGUACCAUGGGCAGAGCUAAUAUGAUAGAGCAGGAUGAGCCAAAACCUGGUGGAGUGAGAGCUAUCACUGAUGAAUUCAUAGAGACAACUAAGGCCCCAGGGAUGACGCAAAUACACAGGAACACCAAACCUGCGGGGAAAGCACUCUGGGCCCUUGUCUACAUUGUGCUUAUCUGCCUAUUCGGGUAUACACUUGCAAUUGCGCUGAUGAAAUAUGUACAAUAUCCUAAAAGGACUGAGAUGUCUAAAGUGCAUGGGGAGGCAUUGGAAUUUCCAGCUGUUACGUUUUGCAUGACCACUCCAUUCGCUGCGACAAAGAAGGUAAUUAAUGGAAGUGAGAUAUCAUUCCCUGGAAAAGCAGCAGGACUUGCAAAAAUGGAUGAGCUUCUUACAAAGGAUGCGUAUCAAUCUAUACAAGAUGAUAUCCUUGAGUUCAAAGAGCGACUUUUGUCACAGGAAUUCAUGAAUGAAAACCUCCAAAGCGACCCAGGAAACGAUGCCCUAUAUCACCAACUUGAUGAUGAAAUCAUCCAUUGUUCUCUUGAUGGAGAAAAUUGUGAUAUGAACAACUUUGACAUAUUCAAACAUCCACGAUAUGGAAACUGUUUUAUGUUUAAUGGGACGAAACAAAGCAAUGACAGUGGGCAUGCAAUUCAUGAAGGACUAUCUCUUGUCAUAUUCACCAAUUCAUAUAUCCCCGGAGAUGAUGCUCUUGACUUUUCGAUGGAGUCUACUGAUGCAACAAAUGGUGUAAAAAUGGUCAUACAUGAUAAGGACAUAAAAACUCUACUUGACAAGGGACUAGACCUAUCUCCUGGAAAUCAAUUCAACAUAGGGCUAUCUGUGUCUCAUAAUCUUCGACUUCCUGCCCCUUAUGGUAUGUGCCAGGACUCAAUGAAUCAGAAUCACGAUGCUUGCAAGAAUGAAUGUUUGCAAAAACAUUUUAAAGAGCAAUGCACAUGUCUAUCCCCCUUUGCCCCAAUUCCUAGCAAUUCAGAUGCGACAGAAUAUUGCGGAUCCUUUGAUACAGAUAACAUUGACUCAUUCAAAAAAGGACUCAAAAGAUUGCAAUGCGAGAAGGAUAUCUUAAAUGAAGGACAUAAUGAUACCGGAUGUGACUGCAUGGCACCAUGUUCAGAAACGACAUACUCAUCCACAGUCAGACAGACUCCUUGGCCACACAAGAACCAUUUCAAGAAAUUUUUGAAGACCACUCUCGAGGGCAAUGUCGCUGUUAAAUCUCUGAUGGAACUGACAAGGAACUACGCAAAUGUAACUACAGGUGACUACAACGAUACUAGCCUGGAGAAAGAUUUGAUCCUCGAGAAUUUCCUCAAAGUAAACAUUAAGUUUAAUUCAUUUGAAAUGACAAGAAUUGUGGAAAGCGCUGCAUACACAGCAAAUGCACUUGUUAUGGAUGUUGCAUUGAACCUGGUCAUUAUACUUGGACUGUCUUUGAUCCCAUUAGUUCAUAUGCUGGUGUACAUUGUUCAUGUGUUUUGGGCACUAAUGUGUGGCAGAAGGUCAAAUGAAUGAUCCAUAUGAAGGCAGAAGGAAAACAGAAAACUCCCUUCGAGAGAAAGAGAGAGAUUGAGAUGUCAUGAAUCACAUUGUCGGAUAAAUUUUGUAUAUGUGAGUUUAUUCUCAUUUUUAGGAUAGUUUGUACAUACUCCAGAUAAAUAAUAAACCGGAAAUGUUCCUUAAAUAUUCUCAUUAUCAGUCAGACAGCAGACCCAUUUAAAUGGGGAAAUUGUUCCUCGUGUGUGUAACACUCAAUAAUAUAAAUUCAGAAUUAAUGAAAAAGUCCAUAUUUAUCUAUAACAUGUCAUAACGGAAUGUCAUUACCUAAUUGUCAAUGGGGCGGAGCAGUCAAUGGGAUUUCAUUGGAAAUAAGAACAAUGCAAAAUAAAUUAUUUUUGAUCAAUUUUCUUACAUUUUGUGAAAUAAGCUUUCAAACAAUCUUGUUUAGUUGAUAAUUGUCCAGUUACUAAAUUUUAAUAUUCUGGUGAAAUCAUUAUGCUAUGGCUCAUCUAUUGACAAGAGAUAUUUUCAAUUAUGUCCUAAAAAUUAAAUAACUUGGACAUACUUGUUUGAAGUA